AUGGUGGCAAACAGACGAGCACCUGGUGAGGCGUUGGAUGGAAAAGAGAACGUGAAACCAGCAGCGCUGGAAGAGCAAGAUGUUGCAGCGGCAUUUGGUGAGCUGAUUGCAAAGCCUGGAGCCAGAGAUCUGCUUCUCAAGCUGCUGCAGACCACCCAAGUCCAGCCUGUUGCUCAAGAGCAAAGAGCAGCCAAUUCAGGAUCAAGCCCCUUAAGAGCGAGAGCAACUGAGCAAAAACAAGGCUGCUUGGAAAAAGCUGGCCAAAAAGCAUCUCCUAAAAGGAAGUAUUCUAAAGCAGAUGUGGCAGAUGCAGUGGAAAAUCUGCGAGUGAAAGUUGGUGAAGUACUUCAACCAGAGUCGAGAACGUUCGGGAAAAUCCCAAAGAAACUGGUGUACAAGCUUGUGGAUGAGUUUGAGAGGGCAUAUCCUGGCAUGUUUUCCGAGGAUGAGCUGUACAAGAAGAUCAAAACCAGAUGCCAGAACCAACGUGAUGCUGCCAAGCGGAACGAAGAUGAGGAGGCAAAAGCUGCGUAUAACGAGAAAGCUGCCAAACGAAUGCAAGAGACUCGCGCUAAGAAGGAUUCACAAAGUAGGAGCGGAAAGGAGCAAGAAGCAUCCACCGGAAAGGAAGAAGAUAAGAAGGGAAGCGAUUCAAAUGCCAACAAGGAGAAGGUGGAUUCUACAGAGGAGAGCGAAAGCGAAAUGGAGUCAAUAAGCCCCAGCCAGUGGGAACGGGAGUUCCAGGAAAGGGAAAGACAGGCGAAAUUGCAAAUGGCAAUCGAGAAGGAGCUCAAAGAGGACCCAGAGUAUUCUCCAUCAGACGCUUCGGAAGCCGAAGAAAUGCUCGAGCCAAACGGCGGCCACGUGCCGAAUGUGGCGGCCGGAAAAGAGCAGCGGUUCGCAUCGGCGUCGUGCACCGACAACACGAAACAGCACCAGAACGAACAGAUUAACCGCGAGGAGAGAGCCGCCCACCCGAAGCCGGUCGUCGAGACCGACAGCACAAAUGAGCAACAGCAGAAGAUGCUGGACCCGAAUACUGACAACGUCUCGGGGUCGGCGGCGCAGAAAGGGCACGACUCGAGCGCGGCAGCGGUAGUAGAUACCGACAACGACAAGAAGCGCCGGAGCGAACAUGAUGGGAAUAUCAAGAAGUCAGAGGGUGACAAACAACCGCAGGCGGUGCCGCAGUACGAGCACGCGCUGAAGCCGACGCCAAGCAUCACCGACGCAACGCCACCCAAGAUUCAGGACCAUCUGAACGUGCCAAAUUCGAAAGGCGUUGACGUUGCGCCGCUUUCGGAUCUACAAGGAGGGCGCCUUCCCAAGCGGGUCACCAAAGCCGACACCAACUCGAAGAUACAAGAGCAACAGAAAGUCUCCAGCAAAGGGAGUGACGUCAUCACCGGCAAGAACGCGGGGACCGGCAAGGAUAACGAGCCCAAAGAAGAUGCGACGUUGGCAGCCGGCAAAAGAUCGGAGCGGAGCAAUAGGGGUCAGACAACGCGCUUCGAAGGUUUUGAGAAGGGGAAGGACCGGAGUGGCGCAGGACUGAAGAAGCGGUGUGCAGAUGAUGACGAGGAAGACGGGGACGACGGGGACAUUGGUUUCAAAGCCGGCGCUCGGGUUGAGCUCCUCGUCAAAGGCAAGGUAAUUGGGACGGCGCUCGUGAUGCUGGGGAACCCAACGGACACCAUCCGCGGCAAAGCACUGGGUGAGGGCAAGCUCGGAGUCGUAGUUGAGUCCGUUGUCCAAGAUGCUCGGGAGUUGACUGUACCAAAGGGAUUCACGUCGUUUGUGGCAAAGUCUAAGAAGCUCAAGGUAGGCGACCUGCCAGUCUGCCAACUGAUUGAUUGGCCGGAAGACUGUGUCGAGAAGAUUCCCACCAGGAAGAAGGCGCGCCGCGGUUAA